UUGUGUAAAUUUUUAUUUUCAGGUUCAUGCUGACAUUAUUGUCCCUAGAGGUGGAGAAAAUGAAGUUGCCAUUAAUCUUAUUGCUCAGAAUGUUAUGACCCAACUCCAACAGAGAGGCUUCAAACUUCGUGAAAAGUUGGCCAAUGCAAAUUUUGGUAUGUCAAGACCCAAUUCCCUCCACCUGCUGCCUUCCACACCACAAAUUCGUGGACUUCAUACAUUUAUACGUAACAAGGACACUCCACGUGAUGAGUUCAUAUUUUAUUCUAAGAGAUUAAUACGACUUGUCAUCGAACAUGCGCUGACUUUACUGCCUUUUACGCAGGAUGUGACAGUUGAAACCCCCCAGGGCAUCCCUUAUGAGGGUAAGCGCAUUGCAACAGAAAAGAUUUGUGGAGUGUCCAUCCUAAGAGCAGGAGAAACAAUGGAGAAUGCUCUUUGUGAAGUUUUAAAAGAUGUCCGAAUUGGCAAGAUUCUCAUUCAGACAAACCUAGACACUGGAGAACCUGAGGUAAGAAAAAUAGGAGCUAUUCAUCACCUGUAGCAUUUAACCCUUCCACUGUCCAGACCUCAAAAUUAAUAUUGCUCUGUGUUCACUUUAAAAACAAAAUUCUGAAAUGGUAGAAAAUCUUCUUCUGAAGGAUGACACCAAAGGUUAAAAAAAUUGAUAGAAAACUUAUGGAAUUAUGUACAGUGGUCCCUCAAUAAUCGUCCGGCCUGAAAGUCGUCCAUUUCGGAAAUAGUCCUGUUUUUUCGUCAAAAUAUUGGCUCGCAAAUGGCCCGGUAACUUGCUAAUAGCCCU